UGGAUACCUGGAGGAAGACCCGAGAGUUGCUUGUACUAGUCCGGCGGUUACAGGGGAAAUGUUAGGACAGACGAAAAGGAAUUGAAUGAAGAAGUCCCAUUUAAGCAUUUGAUGAAAGAGCACCAAAUAUCUUCUGGAAAACCCAAGUGAUCGGAUGACCUUUUCAUGCUAAGGUACUGGUAUUAUGGAUUCAAAAGCAAUAUUUUCCCCGGAACAUCCAGGCCUGAGGACCUAUGGCUGUAGGACAAAGAGUCGAGACAGACAGAGAGGGAUUCUUCUACAAAAGAAACAGAGCAAAGCACCAGCUGUUAACGUCGGCAAUUUCAGUUUGUCUGAUGAUUCUGAUGACAUUAAAAAUGUCAAAGACAAUAAAAGGAAAGUAUCUAGUGCAACACAAGGAAGAAAAAGCAGUGGUACUCAUAUACAAAAACAGACAAGGAGACCUGCUAGACGAAGCAAUGCAAAGAACCAGACAAAAACAGCUUCAAAGGAAAAAACAAAGCAAAGAAAAGAAGAAAAUCAAUCAAUUCAGCAAAUGAAGUCCACCCCUAAACAUGGGCUUGAGCAGUCCAAUCAAAUGUGGGUGAAGGCUAAGAUAAGAGGUAGUGACAGUGAGGAUAGUAUUGAGCUGCCGAGGCGAGACCAGGAAUUAACAUGGCAAGAAAAAAUAUCUCUGCUGAUGCCAAAAAUGACCAACGAGAAUGUGCACCAUCCUGAUAGGAAAGUUCCAGGAUACAACAAGAUGCCCGAGUACUCUGUGUGGAACCUGAGUGCUGAGGAGGUAAUGGAAGAGAAAGUUGAGGAAUCUAGCGCAGAGGAUGAGACUGACCACAUCCAAGCAGCACCUAGAGUGUCAAUGCCAAAUGUGUUUGUCCCCAGACUGUCAGUACAUUCACCUGUACUAGAUAAGUCAGAGACAGAACAUGUGGAGGAAAACAACGAAAAGAGAACGAGACCAACAGACCAUGUCACUACUGUUAGUGAUGAUUACACGUACACCUAUGAAUGGGUAACAGACAUGGCAGAUUCACUUCCAGCUAGUCACCAGGUCAGCAAAGGACAAGGCCAUGCAUCAUCGCUGAAAUCUCUGGACAGAAUUUUAUCUCAAAAAACUGGUAAUAUGAAGUCAUCGGUGGAGCAAACUUCCAGUGACGUCUACACGUAUGAGUGGGUGACUGAUUCCGACACUGGUCAGACCCGUCCAGCCAGCAGCUGCUCCAGUAGAAGUGGUCAAGUAAACCCUAACUCCUGUCCUUCCAGCAUAGUCCAGCAAAACAAAUCAGCUACCCUUGUGAAGAAUUUAGAAAAGAAAUUGCGUUGGUGCCAGUCUGAUAAGGAUAGAUCGUCUCAUGGCUACUUCAACUCUACCAAAAAGCCUGGUGCUCUUGGUGUUUUCCAGGCUAAAUUUCCUGAGGAUCUAUCCAUUAUCACAAAAAGCCCAUCACUGAUUAAAGACAAAGUUAUUCCUUGUGCUAAAGCUUCGUUAGUCACAGUAGAAACUCACAGAAAUGUGCAACAAAUGAAUUCAACACGUAAAAAUGAUGGUCUGGAUAUUGAUAUGAUAAAACUGCCGGACAUGUCCGUCAUUGAAAGAUCAGUCCUGUGAAAGAGCAAGUUGCUCUUUUGGACCUCUCAAAGACUGUAAUUGAGGAUGACAAAGUGCCCCGUUGUUUGAGCUCAACCAGGAAAAGGGGUGGACUUGACUUUGAUAAGGACAAGUUUUUACUUGAUGUCUCUGAAAUCAGAGAAUUUAAUUCUGUAGAAG